CGAUGCGCGAGCCGUUGCUUGGGGUCCGCCCGGGCGGAGCGCCGCGGCUUUGAACCUGGUUCUCGUGUCGCCCAUCCUGCGGCACCCCCAUCCCCCACCCGCGGCGCAGAGCCAGAGCCAGCCCAGCCGCCCUCGCCCACGCGCUCGUCUGCAGGUUUCACACAAGCGCCUGCGCCUGCGCCAGUUCAGUCGAGCAGAGCGGCCGCGCGGAUGGAGGGGGUGGAGAAGGCUCUCACCAAGCUUGGCAGCUUCACCAUCUCCCGCAAGGCCAAGAAGGAGCUCUCCUCCAUCGGCGGCGAUAUCUCCCGUUUCUCCAGCACCGUGGAGGAGAAGGCAAAAUGGGUCUUCGAGAAGCUCAAAGGACACAAGAAGUCACUCCCUGAUCUCCUGCGUGAGCACAACCUCCCUCCAGGUCUCUUCCCUCGGAACAUCAUCUGCUAUGAGUACGAUGAAUCGAACUCAAAGCUGGUGGUGCACCUGUCCAAGCCUUGCGAGGUGAGCUUCAAGGAUUCCUCCAUAAUACGUUAUGCUCCUCGCGUCAAGGCGACUCUGUCCCGGGGCAAGCUUUCUGGGAUCGAAGGCAUGAAGACCAAAGUGGUGGUGUGGGUGAAGGUGGCCAGCGUGAGCCUUGAGAGCUACAAGUCCGAUAAGGUGUGCUUCAUUGCUGGCGUGAAGAAGCUGAGGCAGAAGGAUGCUUACGAGGUCCCCCGCGAAGCCGUCUCCGUUGAGGAGUUCUGAGCUCGAUUGGCCUGCCUUAUCCGUCGUAUCAUUCAUUCGUACCAUUUUUUGGGUCCCUGAUGUGUGAUUCUUAAGGACAGAUUGGUCAUUGAUGUGCUGUGGUUCGGUAGAUUUGUAUAUUGGAAACUUGGAGAAUUUGUUCUGGCUGGCCGCUAGCAAAAAGACAACCCGUGCAUGUUAUCUGAGGAGUCGCCCACGUGUAUGAUGUCUCGGUAACGUGAACAUUUGCAUGUGUUCUGGUUCUGCAUUGCUUUGCUUCUAGGGUGUAUGUGUUCCUGUUCUGUUUUGUAUGGUACCGCAUUUGGUUGGUUGGCUGAAUUGUAGAAUUUGUUUCAACAAGCAUUCAGACAUGGGAUAUUUUCUCC